AUCACAUUGGCUCUUUGUUAUUUAUAAGAGAGCUUCGAUCGCCUGUUUGAAUCAUAUAUCCUCAUCCUAAAAGUAAAACUUAUAGCUUAAAUUUGAUAUCAUUUUAAGAACGUCUAGGCACUUACAACUUUAGCAACUAAAACUAGUAACAAUGUCUUCCAAAUUCUUCGCCGUCGUCGCCGGUGCUGGCCCCGGAACUGGCAGAGCAACUGCUAUUCGAUUCUCCAAGGCCUACCCAGUAGUCCUCAUUACCCGUAACCCUGAGAACUUUCAGGGCACAGUAGCCGAGAUUAACAACGCUGGAGGUAAGGCAAUUGGUAUCAGCGCGGAUGCCUCGGACGUCAAGUCGCUAGACUCAGCCUUCGAGACGAUUGCGAAGGAGUUACCAGGUCUGAAGCUUGCCGCCGCUAUCUUCAACGUUGGCGGCAAUCUUAACAGGAAGCCAUUCCUUGAGCUGACUGCCGACGAUUUUGACGCCGCUCUUGGUGCCAAUGCGCGGGGUCUCUUCAACUUCGCUCAGAAGACUGUUCCUCUACUCCUAGAAUCAGUGCCUAUCUCGGAGCACCCCCCUACCCUGAUCAUCACAGGCGCGACUGCCUCCAUCAGGGGCUCAUAUCUAUGGUCUGUGGCGGCGGCUGGCAUGUUCGCCCGACGAGCUCUUGGUCAGUCCCUGGCGCGCGAGUUUGGACCUAAGGGUAUACAUGUAGCGCAUGCUAUCGUAGAUGGUGUUAUUGAUAUCCCGAGGACGACUCACUAUACCGUGAACAAUGGCGCUGAGGAUGGAAAGAUCAGAGCCGAUGCGAUCGCCGAAAGCUACUGGGGCCUACACACUCAACACCGUUCUGCGUUCACACAAGAAAUUGAUAUACGACCCUAUGUCGAGAAGUUUUAAACCUCAUUAUUUGGUAAGAGAGUAAGAGCAGGGGCUGCAAUGGGAUCUUGAGGAACUACCUGGGGAUUUGAAGUGUUGAUAACUACAUCAAGACGUUGUAUCAUGCGCCUUUGAAUCUAGAAGCUGGUAGCUUCGAU